UAGUCUAGGCCAUCGUUCAGGAGCGCAGCAGCCAUCCUUUACUUGAAACUAGUGCAGUCACAAGAUACCAUAUCUUAAAACUCAGGAUGCUAACUUCCGCGCUAAGGCCGUUGGUGCAUACACAAUCAUCACAGCGGAUUUGUUAGUAUAAACAUGUCGACGCGUCCAGCCUUAAUGAGGCACGCAUUGCUAAUGUCAUCAAUCUGUGAACAGAUUAACUUCUGAUCAAGUUAAACGAACCAAGCAUGCGCAAAGCUGGGCAACACACUAAAUGACCUCUCACCAAUGACCUAGCCCCAACCUCGGGAUUUUAGAACACAACGCUAUGGCGCUCCACGAUACCAGAUGAAUGCUACUCGCUUAACCAUAGGCCUACCAUUUCCGUAAACGUUCUCUUAAGGGCGGUGGACUAAUCGCUCACAGUUCACGAUACUAGUGGCAUUGGUGUAAGUGCUCGCCUAGCACAGUCUCUGAGAUAUGUUCCCCAGGGUCGCAAACACCUUUUUUUUUCUUACUCUUAAGAAAAUAUCCUUUAGAUGAUCUUUAAAUGAAGUUUUCUGCUUGAAGUAGUAGUGCUCGGCCGGUCAUUGGGCUGUCCGGAGAAAUCUCGAGCGUGGACCCGGUAACAACAUCUGAGACCUUUUCCUCAGCCUCCGGCAUCCGACUCAUUCCUCACCAGCAAGGGGCUUCUAUUCUUUCCUUUCAUUUGCGCAUUGAGAGGAGGCGCUAAUAUAAUGGUGUCUGAAAAAAUAAGGCGGCGAUCUGACUUGGCCGGGGAACCAACGGUCUUGUCGACGUGGUUAUAAAUAUCAUCGUCCCCUGCCGCCCGGCCUGAUCGCUGCUCCCGUUUUGUUGCUCAAGCAGAUCUUCUUGACAAAUCCCUUUUGUGGCUUUAUCUUGGAAGAUCCUUGCCCAACCAAUCUACCUCUUCUCCACAUCAAGUCCAAGUUGUACGACACAAUGCCUCGUGCCUCAUCUCUCGCCGUCCUCGCUCUCGCUGGCUCUGCCCAGGCUGUGUGCUCUUUCAGAUGGAAGGCCUCGGAGGGCAGCAGCUGCAGAUCGAUGGCCAACGACUGGGGCGUUCCCGUCAACAACUUCAUUAAAUGGAAUCAGAAGGAGGUCGGUCCUGAUUGCUCUCGCGGUGUCAACGUCGGUGGUCUCUACUGUGUUGAAUGGAGUGAUGAUCAGAAGCCGGGACAGCCCCAAGUUGAGGCUCACAAGCCUCACCCUGCCGCACAGCAGGCGCAACAGCAAACCGAGCACCAUGCCACGGCUGCUGAUGCCGCUCACCAGCAGGAGCCGUUCCAUGCUACAGCCGAUGAAGCCGCUCACCAGCGAGAGCAGCCUCAUGCCGCCGCACAGAAGGCUCAGCAGCAGGCUGCCCAGGCCCAGCCAGCUCAACCUCAAGUUCAGCAGUACCAACAACAAGCUGAGCAUGCUCAGUACCAGCAGCCAGAGCAGCAACUGCCCGUUCCCCAACAGCAGCAACAGCAAUUCCAGCCCCCUACCACCAUGGUUGCUGUUGUGAAGCAGCCGUACGUUGGUUCUACUCCCCCCACUGUUGGAGGUUCCCCAAGCCCUGUUCAGCAAGGUAUUGCAAACAACUGUCAGCGAUUCUAUCGCGCUCAGAGAGGCGAAACUUGCCAGCAAAUUGCCGACAAGUUUGGAAACUCAUUCUCUGUUCCUGACUUUGAGAACUGGAACCCUGCUGUCCACUCGGAUUGCUCUGCUCUCUUGGCUGACUACUACUACUGUGUUAGCACCUCUGGUUCUACUCCCGUCAACGGUGGUAGCCCUUCUUCUGCCGUUCAGACCCCUCAGCCUAUUCACGCAGAUACCGCCUCCAACUGCAACAGAUUCUACCGCGCUGAUAGAGGCGACAGCUGUGAUUCCAUUGUCGACAAGUACAGAGGUUUCACUGUUGCCGACUUCCAGGCCUGGAACCCCAGCGUCAAGCCCGACUGCACUGGAAUCAUUGCUAAUGAUUACUACUGCGUUGGUACCGAGAGCUACCGCUCAACUCCGGCUGUGAACAUCCGUCCCUCUGGUGCUGACUCCAGUGCUGCUGAGCCUGCUCGUGCCGCUGCCAUUCAACACAUGCCCGAUCAACCUGCCCGUGCUGCCGUUGUCAACAACCAACAUGGUCAAGCUGCUCACCCUGCCGUUUUCGAUGCUCAGCGCGCCCAACCCGCCCACGCUGCAGUAUUUGAUGCCCAGCGUGCCGUGCCUGCUUCAUUCAACCCUGCCGCUGAGAACUUCUAUUACCCCAACAAUGGAGCCCAUGCUGUUCCCAUUCCUGGCCCUGUUCAAGAGGGUGUUACAACUGCUUGCCAGCAGUUCUACCGCGUGCAGAACAACGACAUUUGCAACAAGAUCGUUGCUGACUUUGGUAACCGUUUCACUGUCUCUGAAUUCAUUGCGUGGAACCCUUCUGCCAAGUCUGACUGCUCCGGCCUGUGGGCUGGUUACUACGUCUGCGUCAAGGCGUAGGUUUAUGCUGGUGUGAAUUAAAGAGAAAUAAUGAAGGAAAAUACAAAAAAAAAAAGAUGUUCAUACUCCAAUUUGGCGCCAAAGUGGGACGUUUAACUUAUGUUCUUGUUAGAUAGUAAUAAUACAUGUUAAUUUUUAGUAUAAAGUAAUGCCUCUCUAUAAAACAGUUAGC